CAUGCAGAGUUACCUGUUGGUUGCUUCAUGCAGCUGCGGGAGAAUAGCAGAGGCCAUUUUAAUAUUGUAGAAGGUUGUAAUGCUUUCCAUGUUGUUACACUGCACGUUACAAGCACCUCUGCACCUAAGGCACUAACACUGUCACUCAACUGAGCGAAACUCGCGCACAGCACUAGUGAGGUGCAAUGGACUCCAAAUCGACUUCUGAUGACGAGGUUUGGAACAGUUAUGCCACGCGAUUUGGAGCGUAUAGAGGUAGUAGGUAGUGAGUCCCCACACCCUAGCGACCGUAACAUUGAAAUUCUUUCCUUCCUAGGUUCGAACUCUGUUCGUUAGCGGAUUGCCCAUAGACGUAAAACCACGUGAAAUCUACCUUCUUUUCCGCGGCUUCAAGGUACGAUGCGCUUUCUUCGGUUCAGCUGUUGUGCCGCUGAUAUUUUCAACAUCGGUUAUAGCACGGCUGAAAAUGCCGAGAAAGAAAGCAUUAAAUUUGAAUGGGAUUCUACUGGUCCCUGCCUUAGUUUGAUUUUCUUAAACAAAUCAGCUAAGACGAAAUAACAUUAAGUAAACUUAUGUUACCGUUAAGUACAGUGUAUGCGUCAGUCAAUGUUUUGAAAUCGCCUUGUUCGAGGUCGCAGGGUUCAAUCUACGAUUUGAAAGAAAGCCGAAUGAAUAUUGAAUAGCCUUCGUUACCCUUCGAAAAGCAUUUAUCAGAUAACAAGAGUACACAAGUUUUGUACGAGCCAUUAAGCUUUGAAAUUUCCUCAUUAGUGCACUAAGAGAUAACUUUGACAAACUUCGUUUAUUCGCGAAGUCAGUUACCCCAGAUUUUGCCAAAUAUUUGCAAAGCGUCUCGAGCGGCCAUUAUAAAAGCGAAGAGAUUUACAGUGUUAACCCAACUCAUCUUAUAUGCAAACACAAAACAAAGAAGCGGCUUACGAGUUCUUCGUUAGUAUUUACAGGAAUGUACAUGAUCUGAAAUUUCAUGGCCGGUUGUGAAAAAGUAACGGAGUCAGUUUAAAUUCAAGAAUUUACAUUUAGUAUCAAGUGAAAACCGUUCGGAAUUCUACAUAGUUUAUUGAAUCGAAGCGUAAUUAUCACUUCGCUAGCUUAUGAUUCCUAGAGCAAUUAAGGACAAGGCAAGCUAAUUAGGUGUCCAGAAAGAAUAGGCCGAAACUUAUCUAAACAGUGUGUGGCUGGAAUAUUUGCAUCAGAUAUUAUUAUUGACUAUGGCCAACUUUAGAUACAUCUGCUUCAAAUUCGCCUUUUUUCGCAUCUUAACUGACUUUAUUACCAUUUUAGCGAACUAUAAAUUCAUGUGUUUUAGUGCAAAAUUUGUUUACACCUCACAUAGGAUCUGACAUUGCUUUCAAGUUGUCAAAAUAUACUCUUAAACGUAAGACAAUUCUUAGAUAAGCCAUUAGAAAUACCAUAUACUAGUAUUUGUAAACAUUUGAAAAGAAUUAAUUCGUUCUUCGAAUGUUUUCAAAAAUAACCUGCAGCAAAUUCACCACACGCUGAAAAGCGCACAAUGUGCAUGUCAUAACUUAUUUCAAAGAAAAAACACCAUUUUUAUAAUCUUAUGCUUGAAAUCGUCUUAAAAACUAAGCCGUUUUUGUUUAACGGUAGAUCUUUAUUUUUCAGCGAUCGACGAGAUAUCAAAAUGAGUCUGAGAGCCAAAAGAGAAUAAUACAGUAUUCGUUAUCAUUAAGGCGGACUUCCUGAUUACCAUAAUUUGCUUCGUUUAUAGCAAUUUAUUCUUCUUUUUUCAAACUCAUGUAAUUAUUUCAACUGUAGUCCUCGACAAAAAAUGCAUUUAUUAUUUAGAGAGCAAAAAUUAGUGUCUUAGCAGAGCAUUCUGUCUUGUAUUGCUGUCAAGUCUUGCAAUCAAUUGAUUCUUUUUCGAUGCUGUCCUCUUUGCAUAAGAAUGGUGAACAAUUUGAUACCAAAGGCAAUAUACAGCACUUUCAAGCUACGGUCUAAUAUAAAAACCACACACAUCCCGCAAAACGAUAUCCGCGUUCGUAAAUAAACUUCCCAGCAUUUCAAGAGUGCUACAGAAUAAGUAUCUAAACUUUGACGUCUUUCAACAGACGCAAUCGUUCAUUUUUCUUGAGUAUCGAUAUUCUUAACUUAAGUGAUUCAUCGACAUUGCCAAAAACCAACCUGAAAGCUUUCAAGCGUUAAUUAUACUUUUUUUUAACACUUUUCACCCAAAGCUUAGAGUAGUUUUAUUUUUUAGUGUGUGUGGUUAGAAAAGCUAACCCCGCUUGCUGUAUCUGUCUCAUCGUUUUAGGGUUACGAGGGAUCCUUGUUGAAGCUCACGGAUAAACAAGUAAGAAGAAUACAAUUACAGGGCAUAAAAAGUAGUUACUCAGUUGAGUUAGUAUUCAUCCGUCUGUAUCGUGUUCAAGGUACAUUUUGAAUUGACAUAGAACAUCCAACGAACCUGUGUUGCUGAAACCCCGCAAACCUUUAACCGCCGCUCGGUUUUUGUGGGAUUAUCUAAGACAACUAAUCCAUAUCCCUGGUACGAUAUCUUUGGAUGCAAGUUUCAAUGAUUUAUACUGCCUUUACAAACAACAGACAUAAUUGCUCCGUGGAUUCUUUUGUGCUGUAAAGUUGAAAAUUAGUUUUCCUUAUUUGGACCUUGCCCUCAUAGAACAAAUUAUAGUUCAGUGCUUGGACGCCUUUAUAUCUUUUUUUAUUCAAGCCUACGAUAAAUGAAACGGUUUUUUACACUCUCAUAUCAUCCUCAUGUCAGGCAUAAACCACGGAAUUAUUGACAUGACCAGCAGUUUUGCUGGUGAUAUAUUCUCAAAAGUCGACGCUAAUUGUCAGUCAGUUUCUUAGCGGGAAGUAAUUAACUAUAUUAAUCGACCCAAUGACUUCACACAGCAUGAUUUUAGUGUUUUUCAUGAGAAUCUCUUAAGAGAAACAUUCUCACUAAGCCAGGAUGAAAACACAGUAAAUAAUUGUCCUUUAAAAAAUAGUAAAUUAUUCUCAUGGUGAAGUUAGCUGAAUCGAUUUUAUUCCGAACAGCCUGCUAAGGUCAUGGAGAAACUUAUCGCGCAAGUUGGCAGUAAUAUAUUACGAAAAAUAACAUUGUUAGGGAUAUUAAAAAAACUUUUACAUAAAACUAAAUUUUUCUUUUUCGUGCUAAAUUAAUACAGAUAUUAACGGGAAGACUGACUUAAAAGAUUCAUAGAUAACGGUGAUCUGUGUUUUUACUGCCAUGCAUGGAAAAACUUUUCUUUAUAGCCAUCUAAGUUACACAACAGAGCACAGAGGAAGCGAAUUGUCCCUUACACAGCACGCACAGCACCUGUACUGAACUCGGCUACUAAUGAAACUGUCCUUCCUUUUGUCUCUUUACCGCAGGGAAAAACGCAAUCGGUGAGUAUUACCUGCAUUCCAAGGGCCCAUUUAUAUGGAGAAAAGUUAUCCCGGGUAAAAGGUCAUUUGCCCACCUGAGCCACUCUCUGCGAGCCAACUUUCCUACAUUUCCUUACGAAACUUAGGAAACCGUUUACGUGAGAAACAACGGAAAAAGUUGGCUCGGCUAGAAAGGUAACCCGCCUAGCCGAGUCACCCUUUUUCGAUGAUAGGGUCACUCCCCUAUAGCCAGACCAACUUUUCUCAAUAUAAACACUUAACUUGGUCAAGAGGACAGAAUCAGAGCAUGCGCGAGUGCUGCUUUCAGGUCUUGGCUUAUAAACUCACAGAUACGGCAAACGGGUCAACGUUUUUCUCAUAGUAUACAUUCGUUAAAGUUGACCGUCGGCUGGGAUGAUGACCUUCAUUCCCUGUACAACACUUCAUAUAAAUGGGGCCUAAGUAAUUCUUUAAAUAACUUAGGACCUUAUCAGUCAAUGUGAAUAAAUUGCGGUCUUUUAUCAUCGUAAGUGUUUUUUUUUUCUUGAAUGCAACGGGAAAGUUCGAGAUAGGACAUAAGAUUCACUUACACUCUUGGUGAAUUUUUACCUUCAAGGGUCAUCGAGUCAUUGGGCCAUUCCAGAUCGUAUGAAAUAAAUACAUAUGAACAUAUCAUCAUCAUCAUUUUCGUUAUCAUGUCACAUUACCUUUAUAACCAUAACGCAAUCACCCUCACGUCGCCAAAGACACCGUGCAGCAUCGAUCAUAUGACAAACCACAAAAGUACCAGAACACGUUCUUUUAUCAGUUUAGAGGGAAAUUACUCUAAGAUUAAGAUCAAAAUGAGCGCAUUUGUUUAACUGUUUUUAAUUAACAGCUAAAUCAACAAUUCCAUUUUCAGCCCGUAGCGUUUGUUACGUUUGAGAAUAGAGAACAAGCUGAAGAGGCAAAAGCUUCAUUGCAGGUAAAAAGUUUGUAUGAUGAUUUCAUUUAGCCGCUAUCAAGUUAGUGCCAGAGGUAGUGGCUCUUCCGCUCGUCGAUGAGGACAGGGUCUUGUUACAUUUUCACAAAGUAAGAUCAACAGUAUUAUAAAAAAUGACCGCGCGCGCAUCGCAUGAAAGUCGGUUCUCAUCACCUCUAUGCAAUAAGGUAAUGAUAACUAUUUACAAUGCCGGACAAGUAUGAGCCAACAACAACAACAACAACAGUUUAUUCAAUUGUCAAAUGAGUUAGGUCUAUGUUACCCACAAUUAGCGGAGCUAUUCUAGGUGGACAACAAUACAAUAAUAAUUAGUUGAAAUAGGGACUACCAAGAAAUAAAUUCCGCCAGCAUUCAGUUCCGAUACCACGAAACUCUGGCGGGGCUUAGCGCUCUAACUGCUUGGUUACGUUACCUACUAAUGUUAGGCUGACUUAGCAACAGAAUGGGAACGUCGGUUGACGACGGGAAAGCGCGCGGAAAGGACCAAACGCGACUUCCGGUGCCCAAUUUGCCGAUCUGCCGUUGGUCAAGCCAGUUGUUUGAUUUGGGCGUGUCGUCGUCAGCUGGUGUUCCCGUCGUGAUGCUAAAUCAGCCUAUUAUUUACAGCAUAACGGUAGCGUGAGAGAACAGGCGAAAUUUCCCUACGCCUCCACUGCAUGGUUUCCCCGCGAAACGGCGUCUGAGGAACAAGCGCAGAAAUUCCAUACUGAUGAUGCCUCACCACCCAGAUGUGGGUAGUGCUUCUGAUUGCUUGAGGGAAAUAUCCCUCACAACACGACCAAUCAGAAGCACUACCCAGAUCUGGGUAGCGACACGUCACCAGUGUGGAAUUUCUGCAGUCGUUUCUCAGACGUUACAUGUUUCGCGGAUAAACCAGUGCAGUGCUGUGGUCGCGAAAUAUCGGCUGUUUUCUCACUGGCUAGCAUAAAGGUUUUAUUACUGUAGUUUUUGCUUUUUCCUUAUAUGACACAUGUAUGCAUUUUCCAGGGUGUAAGAUUCGAUCCAGAUGCCUCUCUUACAUUGCGAUUGGAGUUCGCUCGUUCGAAUACCAAAGUAUCCAAACCGGUGAACAAACAAGCCGUGUUGGCCCCACACUUCUUUCCCAGGGAGCCUCAGUUUAGUAAGUCCAUUCAGAAUUCUUUCAUUCAUUCAUUAUAUUUCAUGAAAUGAAAUAAAAUCCUUUCAUUCAUUCAUUCAUUCAUUCAUUCAUUCGCUCGUUCGUUCGUUCGUUCGUUCAUUUACCAAUACAUUAUUCUGUGAUUCUUUCGUGUGUUUUAGUACCAGCAGAUUUUGCAGCAGCUGGAUUUUUUCCAACACCUCCAGAACCAAGCUUGGCGUACCCUGCGUAAGUGAAGCUAAAAUAGUUAUAAUUUACAUAAACCGUACAACUGAAAAAAAAAUUACAUGUUUCUUGAAACCUUAUUUAAGUAUUCUACGAGAGUCUCAAUGGGGUUAACCGUCAGCCUUAAAAAGGCUUAAAAUUUAACUGUCAAAGGUCAAAAAUGCAGAGUAAUAUUAACCGUCAAAGCGUUUCACGGAAUUUUAAAUCUCACUAUUUCAACUGAUCUACCCGUACUUUUGGGUCCUGAAGAAUCUCUGAACUGGAAAAACCGCGGGCCAAGUUUUCAAAAGCACUCUCUUUGAACAUUUCAAUACCUUGCAGCUUUCUUAUAUCUGAAAAUAUUUCGAAAAUUUAAUGUGAAAGGCCAAGGCAACCUCCAAAACGCAAUUGUUGAUAUUUAUUUAUACAUGCAGAAGCUGUUAAUAUUUCCUUUUUUCUCUUGGACUAAACUUUCACCAAUAAUAACCGUCAAGCGUCAAAAUUGGAAAAAAAUAACCGUUAACCGUCCAAGCUACCACCCCAUUGAGACCCUCUUUUAAAUACCUCUUCCAAAAUCGGAACCGAAAUUUGGGUAACCAUUAUUACUGAGAACAUUAUUGGAGCAACUCGCCUCGUCUCCAUGAAGUACAUACUACCACAAGUUAGCAUUGGAGUAAUACAGUUAAAGUUUAAAAAGUUGAGAAUAUCAGUAACUGCGAAAUAAUGUUUCAAUGACAAAGAUGACAAAGAGAAGCUCGUAGAAAAAAAAAAACGAGUUUUCCAACGCGGGGGUCGGGCCUGUGACCGUCUGCUUACUAAUCCAGAUUCUGCUACCACUGAGCUACAGGAGCCAGUUGCUUAAAAGAAAACUUGUGACGUGACUGAAACAAAGAGUCUGACCAGGAUUAACGUCAGACGUUAGCAUUUGAAAGACCUAUAAAUAACAACGAGCUCAACCAGGUCACUGCGUCCAGCGGUUUUAGUAAGAACAAGGGUUGGGGUGGGCUGCUCAGUCUCGCGGGCUCAUAAAACCUGGUCUGGGUCGUUCUUAUUGAAGGAUUUUCUUUGCAUUUACGCCCAAUGAGGGGAUUGAUGCAACUGGUACUGGGAGAAUCGCCGGAGCCAAAGUAUACUUUUAUGUCUAGCUAUGUGUUUGGUGUUUCGUUCUAACUGACUCUCUUUGUCUCUUGAUUAACAGCCCAAUAUUUAAUGACAUCAUGGUAGCAGCGGCGACGGCGCAUAAUCCUUUUAAUCACCAUCCGACCAUCAUUCAACAGCUGCAGGUAAGUUACCAACAUCACAUAGGCAGACCUUCAAACUCUCACGGUUUGGGAAACAGCACUAAUCCUAGGUACAUUAUGAUAGGGAAAACUAAGUCUGUGAGAGAGAUCUCGUGGCCAUCUCUGUGUGGGCUCAACUUAGGGACGACGGCUUCCAACGUGGCGGCCCAAUAUGAGUCUAUCCUGUCUUCUUUUUUUUCACUUUGUUCGUUCUUGAUUUUUCCAUAGGGUUUUCCCCAGCAUCAUCCUAUAAUUCCAUUACCAUCCCCAACAGCCCCUCUUGGAGAUAUGACAGGAUAUCUUCCUUGUACUACACUCUUCGUGGCCAACUUAGAAAAAGGAUGCACUGAACAACAACUCCGAGAAAUAUUUGCAAGGUAAAUCACAGGGAAAAGAUUAUAUGAGGUUUACCACGACUGUAAAGUUUAGGGAAGAGACAUGCCCAUAAUUUGAUUUUUUUGACAUAUGACUUCAAGAAAAUUCUUUAUGUAUUGGUCAUUUCCAGAAUGGCCCACCGCUUGCGAAAUUUUGUCAGCAUUUUAAUACGGCCAAAUGCCCCACUGCAGGUCAAAAUGUUCAAAACCACGAGCCGCAAUCGAGUGGUUUUAUUUCCUGAAACGUUUGGAACAUUUUGACGUCCGUUCUAUGGUCGAUAAGAGUACAGACCAUGGAAAUCAAUUCAUCAAUUUUUUACAAUAGCAUUGACAGUUUUUGAAGUUCAAUAACAUUGAAUUUCCUCGGAAAAUCGCACACGCGAGAAAGCCUGAGAAAACACGGCACCAUCAGUUCAUUUCCAUUUUCUGUACUCCACCAAUCAGCGCGCCAGAAUCAUUCAGUUACUGUAAAAAAGUUCUUUCAGAGCCAUCUUGGUUUAUACUAAGGUUUUUUAACAGAGAAGGCAGGAUACACAGUAUGUUCAUGAACUCCGUUGAGCCAUUCGAAAUUUGUUGCCAUGCACUUAUUUAUUUUUUAACUACCUUUUCAGAACACAUGGAUUUCGACGCCUAAAAAUUCACGAUAAAGGAUCUGGAAGCCCUGUCUGUUUUGUUGAAUAUCAGGUACAUUCUUUACUUGCUUUCUUCCUACUGCACCGGUCUCAACCGGUAUCUCAACUUAACUAAACACUUCUUGACAUAUUCGUGUGUGCAUUGUACAGUGUAGCAACUAUUUGAAAUUGAUAGAGAUCUUCUGAUGCUUAGGCUCACACAAUCAACGCGAAAGCCUUUGAAUUUUUGGUGGUGGAAAUCAAUAAUCAACGGUGGCACCCACCUAAAAACAACAAUAAAGCAUGAGUAAAGCUUUCUGAAGCCAUUUUAAGCAUUUUGGGAGAUUUCUGGGAAAAAUUUAAAUGUUCCCCACGGCCCACUUCCAGCAAGUCUGAUGGAAGAGUUCCUAGUCAGCAAGAUGCACCUACAACCUGCAACCUGACUUACUGGGAAGUUUCCUAGCAGACGUAUGUCCAGACAUUACUGCCUAGUUUGGGUGUGGUCAUAGAACAACAUUAAGCCCUUCGGUGAGGGAGGGGGGGGGGGAGUUGUCUAUUGAGUGUUGUCACGGUAAGUUUAGAAGGCAUCAUUCAACAAGAGAUCUUUAUCGUGGGAGUUCUUUUUGACGUGGAAGUGUCCUUGGUUAUUGGGUGAGUGGUGUGUUGGAGGAGAGGAUGGGGUGUGAAAGGUUGAUGGGAGGGAGGUGUGGCCAGGGUGGGGUUGUUGAGAUGUUUCUGGCAAAUAGCACAUACUACCUUCAAAUCCCCUCAGACACCCUGAAUUGUCUAUUUCCCAGCAACAAUUUCCUUCCAAGGACAUAUUAAUUUUCCCAUAUCUCCUGGCCAGCAAAAAUUUGCCUGAGGAACAGAUAUUUUGAGCAGCAGAUCCAUUGGGUACCCGUGAGUCAACGAGGGGGUUUUGUUCAUAUCGGUUUUUCGCACAGUCUUGCUACCCUUGGGUCCCUUUUGUCUUUUCACGGUUAUAAAACGCCGGAGUUCUGUUGCUCAUUAAAAUGCAAAGUGCAUUCAACUUCUUGGGUUUGUUGACAAAAUACUAAGGGAAACAAUGUCUCUGUUGUAGGAUAUUCAAUCGGCAGUCUUCGCGAAACAUAUUCUUACUGGGUAAGUAGCUCCGAUGUGCUUUACAUGUGCAUGUAAUGUUUUUCUCCUCUACAGAAUGUAAGUUCUUUUCUGUGAACGCCAUGUUCAGCCAUUGUGUUUCAAUCAGCUACAGAAAACAGCCGACAUUUUAAGUCGCUACCACUGAUUACCUGGCGAAAUGACGUUAGAGGAAGGAGCUCAGAAAUUCCAUAGUGAUGAUGCUUCCCCCGGCCAAGUACUGGGCAGUGUUUUUGACCGGCUGAAGCAAAUUUUCAACCAAUCAAAAGCACUACCCCGAUCUGGGUAGUGACGCGUCAUCGGUAUGGAAUUUCUGCGCUCAUUUCUCGGACGUCAUUUCCCUGGGAAACCAGUGGUGGCGUCUACAAAUGUCAGCUGUUUCCUCACGCCGUAGUGCUCGAUGAGAUCUUGCCAGUUAGACAUCUCUCUUGAAAUAGUCUUAUUGUUAUUUUACACUUUGUCAAAUAAGAUUUUACAUCAGGCUCUCUUUGGUUUCACUUUAGUAUGCAAAUUUAGAAUACAGAGUUUGUUUUCGAACAAUGUAGACUACGAGUAGUCCCCCAUUUUUCCUCAGAGAUAGUAGAGCGAGCGAAACGCGAGCGCGAGUGAAAAUCACCCCACGCGAGAAAAGGCGACAGGUGGCGCGGAGAGAGAACUCUCCCCGUCGCGUGUCGCCUUUUCUCGCGUGGGUUGAUUUUCACGCGCGCUCGCCUUUUGCUCGCUCUACUAUCCCUGAGGAAAAAUGGGGGACUACUCGUAGUUUACGAACAACGCUGGUCAGUCCAACUCUCAUACUUUUUUCACGCUAUACAGGACAGCUUUUGUUGCCGACAUACGGGAUAAUCGGAUAGGGCCUCUGUUCACACAUGAGAACGCUGAUUUGGGCGCGAUUUCUGCAACGGGGCGAAGCUGCUGCGCGCCGGUCUCUAAAGUGGAGAGUCACAAUCGGAUAGGCUUUCAUACUAUACUAGAUAGAUUUCGUGUCGGCAAGACAGGCUGUCCGUAGAGUGUAAACAGAGCCGAAGUAUUUCAUAAAUUCUAAUGACUUUCCAUCUAUUCCCUUUUUCUUAGCACAAUUAUGCCACCAGGAGAGAAGGCUGGUGGAAUAAGAAUCGAAUUUGCCAAAUCUAAAAUGGGUGAAUCGUGAAUGCUGAGUCACGGACACGCCAUAUUUUAUUGAGGUAUAAUAUAUUCACCGAUAUAUUUGAAUAUUCUGAGAAUAAUAUCUGGUUUCUACGUUAAUUUAUUAAGUAUAAUCCCCCUAGCUACAUUUAAGAUUUCUGCAAGGCAACCGUUGUAACGUCAGUAGCCAGGAACCAUUAAUUUCCAUACUACAUGGUCAGCAAGACGCUAGCUUUUCGUUUUUUUGUUUGUUUGUUGUUGUUUUUUGACUUGUUCAAAAACCAAAUAGAUACGUCAACCGUUUAAACAAAGUGACUCUUCAAGUAAAAUUUGCUUUAUUUUUCAUCUAGUUUGCCAAGAAAAACUUGGUAAGGUAAAUUACCGUUACUAAAAGGUGAAAUCAGACUUUAUUUGAAUUCAUAUAUUUUUAUUUUUUAAAUUGUAGGGGUUGGUUUCGGCAAGAGUGUAUUGAUGAAACAGUGAAACGCUGAGAAGUAAUAUAUUUUCCAGUCACAAGCUGUUCAAAAUUCAGAAGCUUUCAAGAACUCUGGUUUAAAAGAAAAUAUUUUGUACGAAUGAAAAAAAGUCCAGUUUUCUUGCGUAAAGUGGACUAGAAUUUUGGCCUUUUAAAAGUAUAACUUUGAAAAGCGAAACUCAAUCUUUUUACUUCGAAAAGCCAUAGGAUAAAAAUGGUUUUUAUAAAAAUUCCAAAAAUUGAAAAUUUGAUAUAAGAAGCUAGUCUUUUUUCUUCUUGUCUUGUCCUCUCAAAAAAGUUCUUAUGUUUUUCUUUUAUUUUUCUUGAGCGGCUAUUUUCUUACCGUGGUUAAGAAAUAUCAGAAAUAAAAAUCGAUCUCGGAAGGUACAGUUUUUAAAUUAUUUGAAGGUG